AUGAAAAGGCCAAUUCAAGCUAGCUAGCAAGCACAACAUUGUAUUGUAGUAUGCUCUCUCUCACUUUUCUCUUCUCAAAACCCAAAGUCUUCGCUGCUUUUUUUUCCAGUCUUCUUCCUGAUCUGAUAAGCUUUCUUUAAUUAAUUUAGUUUACCCUCUCUCAUCUUCUCAUCAGACCAUGUCUGCUCCUACUUUUCUUGAACCAAACCCUAAUUAUCUUAGUUACAAUACUGCUCCUUUUUCCUCAAACAUAAUCCCGGAUUAUGAUUACUCAUGUUAUCAAGAUUUAGAUUUCUUCUGUGCUGAUAAUCAUCAUCUUUUUUCUGAUGAUUUUACAUCAUCCAAUGAUAAUAAUACGUUUGGGUACCCAUCAUCUGAUCUGCCACAAACUCCUCUUGUCUUGCCUGAGAAAAGCAAUAAUUCCACUACUGGAAGCUCAAGCUGCUCAUCUGAUGGAAUGCCAACUACCAAUUAUAUGCCAGUGAAGUGCAAAAGGGAGACGAUGAAAGGGCCAAAGAUGAAGGAGAAACGUGCGAUUGCCUUUAGAACAAGGACUGAUCUUGAGGUAUUGGAUGAUGGAUAUAAAUGGAGGAAAUAUGGGAAGAAGAAGGUCAAAAGUAACUCUCAUCCAAGGAACUACUACAAGUGUUCGAGUGGAGGAUGCAAGGUGAAGAAGAAGGUGGAAAGAGACCAAGAUGAUGCAAAAUAUUUGAUAACAACGUACGAAGGGGUACACAAUCACGAAAAUUUAUAUGUAAUAUACUAUCAAGGAAUGCCUGCAACUCUUGCAAGCAAUGGCCUGUCUCUCCCAGCAGCUUCACAGCCUUAUUGAUGGUAGCUAAGACUGAGCCAUGGAAGCUAAGCUAGAGAUCACUAUAUGCUUCUGUAAUAUAAUUCUGUGUUUAAACAUAUAUAGGAAACCUGGAAAUGACUACUUGUGGGUAUGUAUGUAUUUAACCACUACCACUUCUAUCUCUUCUACUAUACCUUUAUUUAACCACUAUUACUUCUAUCUCUUUCUGAUUU